AUGACUUGGCUUGUCUCUUUUAAGCAGAUUCAGCGGCUCAAUGAACUGUCCAUCGAAUACCUGUAUUUCAUAUCCUGUCUUGCUCUCGCCAGGGUACCUCUAUCCCUGCUCCCAUCUGCCGAGUCCAAUGUCAAACAGCAAUCCGCACUCGGCGUCCUGAAAGCCUACCACUUGAUUACCGAGAACAGAGAUACCGAGACGCAGUUCUUCAAUCUUCAUCGGCUUGUUUAUCUAGCGACGAGGAACUGGUUGAGGGUCCAUGGAAUGCUAGAUGACUGGGUCGAGAAAGCUGCCCGACAGCUAAGCGCAGUAAUGCCUAUGGAGUUCUCGACUGAUCGUGAUAUUGAACGAAGCUACUUACCCCACGCUCAACGUAUACUUGAGGAUGGACCCUUUCGAGCCAGAACACUCGAUCGCGAGCAGUUAGCCUGGAAGGUCGCCAUUUGCUCACAUUAUGAAGGACGAUAUCGCGAGUCUGAAUCCCUUAUUCGUGAAGUUUUGGAAGCGAGAGAAGCCCGUCUUGGCCUUGACAAUUACGACACUAUCUAUUGUCUUUCAUGGUUAGCGCAAUCGAUGGUUUGCCAGAGAAAAUGGGAGUCCGCCGAGAGACUGACACUCAAAGCAUUGGAAUGGGCCCAGAGAACAGGACUAGACGACUCAUAUCUGCAGACUUUAUACUUAUCUCUGGCCAACAUCUAUCAAUCUCAGGGCAUAUUCGCCAAAGCACAGAAGAUCACGAAGAGUGUUGUUACUAGAUCGGAACAGACUUACGGGGAGAAUGGUUAUGACACUCUCGCCAGCAUGGAAAGCCUCGCACAUAUUUACACAUCGGAAGGGCAGUACAUACAGGCCGAGCAGAUUGUGAAUGUUGUUCUGCAGAGGCUGACUACCACGUUUGGUGUCACUGACGCACGUACUGCGAGAGCCAAGGGACUCUUGGCAUCGAUAUAUGAGAAUCAACACAGAUGGGAAGAAGCAGAAGAGCUCAGAGGGCAGCAUAUAGCGGCCUUGGAGGCAGCACUUAAUCCACAUCAUCCAGACAUCUUCCAGGCUCGAAGUCAGCUCGCACGCCUUUGGGCAGCACAGGGAAAAAUGAACGAAGCAGAAGAAAUGCUCACUGGUCUCAGCGAUCAAGCUCAGAGAAUUUUCGGGUUGCAGCACCCUACCACCAUGGAUACCACGUCAGACCUCGCCCGGUUAUAUAUCCGCCAGAAGAGAUUCGACGAGGCCGAGGUACUCCUCGAGGAAAUAUUUCACUACCACCAUUCAGUGCAGGGUGAUGAAGACCAGGAAACCCUCCAAACCAUGGACUGGCUUGCCGACACUAAAGAAGCGCAGAACAAGCUGGAGGAGGCAGAGUCCCUUCGCGUGGAACUGGUGCGGAUCUCGCGCUCCAAGCUCGGCCCGGACAACUUGAGAGCACUGGUGCGAAUGAACGAUCUGGCCGUCCUUUAUAUGCGUCAGGGUCGAGACGAGGAGGCCGAGAGCCUGCAGAUCGAAGUCCUGGAUGCAGAGAGGAGACUCCUGCCAGAAGGCGAUCGACGCGUUGUGAUAGGCAUGUGGAAUCUCGCUCUUAUCUGGCGCAAGAUGGGGAAGUUUGCGCAGAGUAUUGAGUUGCUUGAGGAGUGUAUGCGUCUGCGGAGUAAGACGCUUGGUCCUGAUCAUCCGGAUACGCUCUCGGCGGAAAAGGAACUUGAGUAUGUACGGAUCGAGAUGGAGAUGAAGGGGGGUGCAGCACAGACAGUGCAGGAGGACGACGCUUCGGGCGAAGACCACGAGAUGGAUAUUGGAUGA